GGCAAAGCUUUCAGCAUCACAGCAACACGCAGCUGCCAUCAUAUGACAACCAACAGACAGCAGGUGUGGUUCCCUGACCUGGAGACUAAGCCUGGCCUCAGCAGUGAGCGCUGAAUCUUAACCACCAGACCCCCGGGGCUUUACUAUCAAGCAGGAAAUCCAAAAGCAUGAGGAAUAAGUGGUGAUAGCAGGGACUUUUACUCAUAGCCAAUCUCAAAGGAAAGGCUUUCAAUAUGUGGCACAAUGUGAUACUGAUGACACUGUAGAUGUUUUUGUCAGGGUACAGCUAUUCUUUUCUAUUGCUAUAUUACAAAAAUUUUUACCAUACACGUAUGUUGAAUUUGAUCACAUGAUCUUAUGUAUAUAUUGAAAUGAUCAUCUCUUUUUGUCCCUUUAGUCUGCUAAUGUGGGUCAUCAUACAGAUCAAAUUCCAAAUGUUAAACUUACCUUCCACGUUAGGGAUAAUUCUUGGUCAAAACCUUGAUUCGUUUCACACAUUGUGAAUGCGGUUUUACAAUUAUUUUGUGUAUAUUGUUUUUCAAGUUCAUGAAAUAGUCUAAUUGUUGUCCUUUUCACACUGUCUUUGUCGCUUUUAGCUAACAGGAUUAUGCUGACCUCAUAAUGGUUAAUGGAAUGUUCUCUCUUUUUCCAUCCUUCACAGUUAUUUGUAGAUGUUACUUGUUUCUGGUAGGAUAGGCAUACUUCACUGUUGAAGCAUUCUUUGGGAUUUCCCAGGGAACGAUUUUUGAUCACUAUUCAACGUCAUCAUGAAGAGCCUUGCACAUUUAUAACUUUCUAUUACUCUAGUUUUGUUUUGGUUCUGAAGACUUCCUAGAAUCCGGUCUCUGAAAGUGACGCUUCUUGGCUUGAAAUACAGAAGAGCUGAACAUUUCAACACCCUGCCACCCGAUACUGAACUGUCAAUCACUACAUUCUUCCACAAGCUCCAUUAUUUAAAAUUUCACAAUAUAAUCUAUUUUUGUUUCAUUUGAAGCCUGGUUGGCCUAAUUAAAACAUUAAUAAGAUAAUGUUUCCAAGUGAUGUAACUUAUGGGUUUUUCUCCAUAUCUCAAAUUUCCAUUGGGUUCCUGGGGAACUCACUGCUCUUCGUGUUACAUAUAUACACCUUCUUAACUCAGCCUCACCUGAAAAAGCCUAUAGAUUUGAUUUUCACACACCUGACAUUGGUCAAUGUUUUGACUAUCAUGUUCAACUUGAUGCCAACUGUCACGUCAUCCUUUGGAAUAAGGCAUUUUCUGGACGAUGUUGGUUGUAAGGCAACUUUGUACACAUACAGAGUUACCCGGGGUCUUUCCAUCUGUACCACCUCCCUCCUGAGUGCUUUUCAAGCCAUCACUAUCAGUCCCAGUACUUCUAUAUGGGCAAGGCUUAAAUCUAAAAUCUCCACAUGCGUUCUUCCCUCUUUCCUUGUCUUCUGGAUCAUCAACAUGCUCAUCUAUAUCCAGAUCAUCCAAGCUGUAGAAGCCAAUCGCAAUGCCACAUUUGUUGGUUUCGGGUAUUCUCAAGUUUACUGUCGCACUAAGCAGGUGGAACGCUACUAUUCAAAGGCAUUUAUAAGUGUCAUCGUGAUUCAAGAUCUCCUCUUUGUGGUCCUCAUGAUGUUGUCCAGUAUCUACAUGGUGAAUCUCCUCUACAAGCACCGCCAGAGAGCCCAGCAUCUUCGCAGCCCCAGCCUGUCUUCCCAGACAUCUCCGGAAAUCAAAGCCACCCACAGUAUUCUUUUGCUGGUAAGUUGCUUUGUUUUCUUUUAUUGUGCAAACGAUUUCAUUACCCUUUACUUUUUUUAUAGACCUGAGAAAAACCCAAGACUGGAGAGAAUUACUGGGAUUAUUUCAUCGUGCUACCCAACCAUCUGCCCUUUUCUGCUAAUGAAAAAUAAUAAGAUUUUUUUCAAAUUUACUUCUCCCACUUCAAAGAUGAGAACUACCGUUUCUCAAAGAACAGUCAGUGGAUGAUCUUGCACCCACGACUUCCUUCUGCAACAGAGAAGCUCCUCAAUGAUGAACACAAAUGGAAAAUGCCACGUGGCUAUUAAACACUUCAGAUGUGGCUAGUAUAAUUGAGAUGGACUGUAAAUUAAAAAUAUACACAUUUUGAAUUCUUACAAUGAAUGAGUAUAUACAUGUCAAAUUAAUAAUUUUCAUAUUGAUUACUUGCUUACAUUAUAAGAAUUUGAAUUAAACCAAAUACAUUAAAAAGAUAUCA